GCUUGCCCGGAGUAGCCAUGGCGGCCAUGAGCUUAUUCCUGCGGUCUUCGGUCACUGCGUUGGGACUGCUGUCCGGCCGCCGCGUGGGCACGCGACUCGGGCCCGGCGGCCUCCUCGCCCGCGGCCUUCCGAAGACUGACGUUUCUGUUCGACACAGUGGAGGCCAUGGGAAAAGACUGUUCAUCAUCAAGCCCUCUAGUUUCUACGACAAGCGUUUUUUGUCUUUACUGAAAUUCUACAUUUUAUUGACUGGGAUACCAGUAGCAAUUGGCAUAACUCUGAUCAAUAUAUUCAUUGGUGAAGCUGAAUUAGCAGAGAUUCCAGAAGGCUAUAUACCUGAACAUUGGGAAUAUUAUAAGCAUCCUAUAUCAAGAUGGAUUGCCCGUAAUUUCUUUGACUCUCCCGAAAAGAAUUAUGAAAGAACGAUGGCUAUCCUUGAAAUUGAAGCUGAGAAAGUGGAAUUACGGUUAAAGGAGCUGGAAGUGCAGGCCUUAAUGCGGGCGAGAGGUGACGGGCCCUGGUAUCAGUAUCCGACUAUCGAUAAAGCACUUAUUGAUCACUCUCCAAAAGCAUCUCCUGACAACUAAGCGGUUUUUCCUCCCAAAUACAAAGUGUGUUCUCUUUAGUGAAAAUAAAUGCAUCAAUACGUUCUGUAUGUUUGCUCUCUCUGAUGAAUAAAAGAGUGUCUGUCUUUGUCUUGUU